CUCCAACCCGCUAAAACCCUAGCACCACCCACCCCUCCACGGCGCCGUCGACGACGCCGACGAGCAGCCGGCGUCGGGCGCCGGCGAGGACGACGACGAGCCGGGUGUGGUGUUUCUAGAGAGCAGCCGGAGGGCAUGGCGUCGAACAACGGCGCGGGGACGCUCAGGUCCACCUCCAUCAACGGCGUCAAGCUCUACUCCCUCACCGGCAACCGCUACGUCGCCCCAUGGGUCCUCGCGAAGAAGAAGCGCGCCCUCCGCAAGGACGCAGAGUAUCAGCGGAGGCUGGAUUUGAUUCAUGACCUUAGGUUCGAGACGGCCACUACCAAGAUCAAGGUGACACCAGAUGAGCAGUACGUGAUCGCCUCAGGCAUUUACCCCCCACAAGUUAAAGUCUAUGAAUUGAAGGAGUUAUCAAUGAAGUUCGAGAGGCACAUGAUUUCAGAAAUAGUAAAUUUCCAGGUCCUCGGUGAUGAUUACUCAAAACUUGCAUUUUUGUGCGCUGACCGUUCUGUAUGUCUGCAUGCAAAGUAUGGUAGCCACUAUAGCUUGAGAAUUCCAAGGAUGGGAAGGGAUAUGGCAUAUGAUUGCUGGUCUUGUGAUUUGCUUUGUGCUGCUUCAUCACCAGAUUUGUAUAGGAUCAACUUAGAGCAGGGACGGUUCCUUGCGUCUCUUCCGUCCCAAUCUCCAGCAAUAAAUGUGGUUUCUCGGAGUACCAUACAUGGGCUCAUUGCUUGUGGCGGUGAGGAUGGUGCGGUUGAGUGCUUUGAUAUGAGGAGAAAAUCUUCUGUUGGCAGAAUUAACACAGCUAUUUCUCCUGAAGAUUUUAAUCAGGAGGUUACAUCUUUGCAGUUUGAUGAAAAUCAAGGAUACCUUAUGGCAGUAGGGAGCAGCACAGGAAAGAUAUCAAUAUAUGAUCUACGUAUGUCUUCUCCUCUGCGAGUUAAGGAUCAUAUGUAUGGUAGCCCCAUAUUAAGUAUUAAGUGGCACCAGACACUUAAUUCUACUGAACCCAAGCUGAUUACUGCUGACAAGCAUAUAGUGAGGGUUUGGGAUCCUAAUACAGGAAAUAACAUGACUAGCAUUGAACCAGAUGGUGGUGCUAUCAAUGAUGUUUGCAUUUUCCGGAAUAGCGGUUUAAUGUUCCUAGCCUUGGACAAUAGCCAGAUUCCUGCCCACUUUAUUCCUGCAUUGGGCCCUGCUCCAAAGUGGUGCUCGCAUCUUGAUAAUCUAACUGAAGAGAUGGAAGAGAAGACAGAGAAUAGUGUAUAUGAAGAUUUCAAGUUUUUAACAAAAGAUGAGAUGGAUCGAUAUGAUCUCUCUAAGUACAUUGAUCAGGGUCUUGUGAGAGCACAUAUGCAUGGAUAUGUGAUGAAACUUCAGCUGUAUAAUAAGCUACUAGCUAGCAGUGCUGUUGAUUAUGAGAACGUGCAAGAGAAGGUUAAGCAAAAGAAAAUAGAAGAACAGAGAAAAUCUCGCAUAACGCAAGUUGUCAAAAUACCAAAGGUUAACAGGCAUAUUAUGGACCAUAUACGUCAAGAGGAAGAGGAAAUGGAUGCUGAUUUGGAGAAUGGUGAAAAAUCAUGGAUUAAGAAGAAGAAAAAGAAACUAGAAAUGAACAAGGCAUUGUUGAUUGAUCCUCGCUUCAAAGAAAUGUUUGAAAAUAAGGACUUUGAAAUUGAUGAACAAUCAAAAGAAUAUCUUGCACUUCAUCCUCAAACAUCUUUGAAGGAGCCUCGUCUAAUUGAGGAGCAUUUUGAGACUGUUAGUGAUGAUGAGGAACAGCAAGAUGCCAGUGCAUCUGAUGCAUCAGCAGAGUCGGACAGUGACAAUGGCACACAAAAUUCAAAGCGUAUAAGGUUGUAUGAAAUCAAAGAUGAUCGUCACGCUGAGGCAUUUUUGAAUAGCACCUCCCUUGCCAAUGAGGAUGCUCUGCCUAUUGGGGAUAGGGUAGCUGCACUGGAUAGGCAAAGGAACUCCAAUGCACUUAACGAGGUAAAGUAUGGACCUGGUGGCUCACGCGAGAUCUCAUUCAUCGCUAGAGGCUCAAGAAGGCGCAACGAAGAACCUAACGACGAAGAGCCCAAGGAUUUCAAGAGGAGAGGUGUGCAAUCCCUGGGUUUGAAACAAGGCAAAGCCGAGUACUACUUGUUCGGCGGAAGCCGCGGCAGAGGAAGAGGAGGUGGUCGUGGGAGAGGAGGAGGUCGUGGGAGAGGAGGCAGAGGGAGGGGCAGAGGCAGGGGAUAAGCAACCUCCACCAUUACUGCUUACCUUCUGAGCUCCCAGGGCUGUGCAAACUUCAGUGCUCACCUUCUGUGGUCCCAGGAUUGUGCUAACUUCAGAGCUGGAGAGGUUAUCUUACAGGCUCACCUGGAGGUCUUGAUUGCAAAUUUUAGCAUUCGGAGUAAGCGUCAGGGUAUUGUAAUCUUUUGACAGUGAGGUUAAAAUUAGCAUCGUUCUGGUGCACAAAUUGUAAUUUCCUGGUCACUGUAAAAGGUUUCUUCCAUAUCACAUGUAGGCGAGAGCUAGCAAUAGUGAGGAAUCAGGAGAGGACGAGAGUGCCCUCCCAUUUUUGUUGGUGACAAAUUUGAUGUAUCAUAUACAUAUUUUUGGAGCUCCUAUCAUGGCUGUAGUUUUUUUUAUCUCUUCUUGAUGAACCUGUGUUGCCAACUUG